GGGGUUGUUAAUUAAAUGAAAUUCUCCAAAGAUGUGUGUGUGACCUCAAAUGCACACUCAAUCAGUAAAUAGCAUUACUUCUGCUGCUCGKCCUAAUGGGAGGCCACUGCUGUGAUCCAUGUAGUGGUGAGAGGAGAUAAAUACAAGUUAAUGCAGCUGUGAAGAUAACUAACUAUUCACAGAGUGACUGCUUCCCUCAAAGUGAAAAAAUAUCCUGGAAUAUCAUGGGUCUCAAUUACUCCACAAAGAUACCUUCACACCUGUGUGCAUUGCUGUUGAUGCACCUGUGUGCAUUGCUCUGAGUUCUCCAGAGGUAUAUGACUGUGAGUGUUACUGUGUGUGUGUUAUUCUGUGUUUUUCCAACAUAUGUCUAUGGGUGUGCAGGUAUCCAAGGGGUGGUGGAGGCCUAUCAGACAUGCCUUCCUAAGCUUCAGCUCUACGGCCCCACCAACAUCGCCCCCAUCAUCCAGAAAGUAGCCAGCUCCGCUUCACAGGAAAUGCACACCAAGGAGGCCAUGCAGUACUUCAUUCUGCUCAUCCUAACGGACGGAGUGAUCACAGACAUGGCAGACACCCGCGAGGCCAUCGUCCAAGCCUCCCACUUGCCAAUGUCCAUCAUCAUUGUAGGCGUGGGAAGUGCUGACUUCAGUGACAUGCAGAUGCUGGAUGGAGAUGACGGGAUCCUUCGCUCGCCCAAGGGGGAGCCCUGCCUACGAGACAUCGUCCAGUUCGUCCCCUUCCGCAACUUCAAACAUGUGAGUCUUUACUGGAACUGGGAGGGUUACCUGAGGAACUG